AUGAAGCGACCUGCGGGUGCGGUUGUGAAGCGGCCAGCAGCAGGAGGCCGACCCCCCAGUCGGCAAACCAGGACGUGCAGCUGCGACUGCGGCUCGCCUGUUUAUGGAAGCCGCGUUCGCAGCGGUGCGUGCUGGGCUGUGGGGCGGCUGGUCUUUGCUACGCUGCAAUGCGUUGCGACCUUCGCUCAGCGAGACACCUGCUCCUCAGCAGACCGAAAGGCUAUCAUGGAGGAGCUUGAGAAAUAUUCUGCCGGGCAUGGUGGCGGCCCUGCACGUGCAACUUUAGCUGCGGUUGAGGCGGUGGCAGCGCGGGUGCAGGAGGUGGGUGGCGGGGUCGCUGAAGAGACGGCUGAGCCUGACAAAGAGCUUGUCAACGCCUUCAUGCACGCUUUGUUGGCCUUCGCGGCGGAUGCAUUUGCACGGCUAGGCUGCGAGCGAAGUUCUCGUAUCCGAGCCAAGUUGCUUGGAGGCUGGGAACACGCAGACGCGUUUUUGAACAAGCAGCGCUGCAUGCUGUAUUCUCUCUUCGACACAACGAGUUUGUGGAUUAUUGCCAACUGGCUGGCGCCCAACUCUCCCACAUGGAUGCGUCCAGGCCCACGGCUGCUUGCCAAUUUGGUCAUCGCUGUGAUUUGCUGCAAUCACGCCACUGUGCUCCAGAACUUUCCUGGGCCAGGGGGAUUUUUGCUGGGCCUCACCUCAUACAAGUUUUUGCAGCUGCGCAAAGAUGCGGGCGCCCCGACUGCUCCAGCUGGUGGGCUUACCGGGGUCGGCCGACAUGCUUUGCUUGCGGUACUGCGACAGCUGGGCGUGCUUCGGGAGGAUCAUCACCAGUAUGACUUCCUUCAAGCGAUGGCAUUCUUUGCAGAGCAUUGCAUGCUCGAAGCCGACUCAGCAUGGUGCGAGCUGCAGCAACGACCUGGCCCAGAACACACGCUGCAGGUGUUGCAGCGUCGGUUUUCUCUGCCUUUGCUUUGUGCUGUCCAAGUUGGACGCUACUUGGAGUUAACUGACAGUCGCUUGUUCUCCGGCCGUGCCUGUGAUGCACUCGGGCCCAGAGCCUUGGAAAUGGCAUCUUAUUUAUUCCCCAGCGAGAAGCACCCUGCGCAGCAGGAUUGCCCUUUGUGGCGUGCUUACGUGCGCAAACUAAUGACGCACGUCAAUGCCGAUCUGCAGGCCAAGGCAGCGCAGUUGCUCGGGGAAGAAGAUGCCACUUUCGUUUUGGCUUACAACUUCCCGUGUGUUGGGCCACAUUUUUGGAGCCACGCAUCUCUGGUGGAGCACAUGCUGUGCGAACUUCGCAAGCUGCUUUUCGCAGCAAACCGUGGCCAUAAAGGUCGUGGCGAGGGCACUCCUAAUGAGCUUUAUUUGCAGCUCUGGAGGAGCGCUUGGGCUGACCUUGGCCGAGCUUGA